AUGCGCAGAAUCAUUGACUCGAAGGUGGUGGGGCUGAUGUACUCGAGCUAGAGCUGGCUAAAAGUUUGGUCACUUGUAACCGAGAAUGUCGGAACGUAAGAAUAAACCAAAAAAAUUUAGAAAACGAAGUCAGGAAUCGAGCAGUACGACUAGCAGUAGUUCUCAAAGUACGUCUUCGCUGUCGUCUGACGAUGAGAGUAACAAUCUGGAUCUGAAACCAAUGAAAGAAUAUCUAAUGGACCGCAGGGAAUUGGCCCGGCAACUCUUUAUCGCGGUGAAGAGCGAUAAGCUGCGAAUGAUGUUGCCGCAAGUCCUUAAAAAGAUGGAAUUGAGCGAACUGGAGGAAUGGUGCGCCAACGAGCUAAGCGGAAUGUCGAGAGCACGUAUCCUGUCGAUUCUUAGCGGACAGCCGAUGCUUCAGUCAUCCGACUCCAAUGAUUCCGAAGACUCUGGACCUUCGUUGGAGAUAAUAUCGGAUACGGAGGAAUGGGGGGACAUGUCGGAUGCGGACGUUGGAGCGAAAGACGAUGAGACGUCGAAGACUCAGAAGACUCGAUCCAAGUCCAGACCGGAGAAAUCGGGUGGCAAGGAUAAGGGGAAAACAUCUAGGACAAAGGUCAAAAGCAAGGUCAAGUUGGAGGCGGAGUCGAAGCUGCAGAAGUCCGAAGGCGAGAUCAGGGUGAAGAAGGAGACCGAUCAAGACCAAGGGAAGGAAAAGGAUGGCGAGAGUCUGCUGGAUUUGCUGGAACUUGAGAUGAGGGCCAGGGCUAUCAGAGCCCUUAUCCGAAAGGAGGAGGAUAUCAUCCCCGCGACGACUACGACCAGUGUGGUACAGACCAGCACGUCGAACCCGAAUUCGCAAUCCGGCGUCUCGGACAUGUCGAAAAUGAGAGCGAAGAAUCGCAACAUAAGUCUCAAAGCGGUUCAAGACAAACUGCAGGAAUUGGAUUCAAGUUUUCGGCAAGCUGAGAAAAACAAAGCGACAACCAAAGGCGGUCCAGAUAUAUCCGAAGAAGAAGACGUGGUACUGGUACUCGAACCUACGACCACCAUAGAGCUACUGUCCAGCGGAAGCGACGACGAAUCGGGUCAGGGGAACAGAAGAAAUCAGAGAUUGGAAAACGAGCGGAUCUCGGAACGUUUGACAUCGGCGGGUGGCGGUGGUGAUAAAAAUGCGGAGCAGUCGGUAGGCGAUGGGGUAGUCGGAGGCGAGUCGAAGGCAGCGUCACCUUUGGAUUCGGGCUCCUCCGGACCGCGUCAAGUUCCCAGUCAACCCGGCGAUUCGUUGCGAGAAUCCUCCGGUGGAAGAGAAAAACCGGCCGACGAAUCGCCGAAGGAUGCGCCGGACUUUGAAAUUUUUCGAAAGUUGAAAACCAACUCGCAGUCGAACACCACCGAAAAGAACGGCGCCGCGGUAUCCAACGAAAAAUCGUCCGAACACGAGUCCAAAAACAAGGACACCGCGGGAUCCGUCGAUGCCGCCGCUUGUUCGGCAACGAAAGGGGUUUCCGAUUCGGCAAAAGAGCCGGACGAACGAACGGAAAACGUUGAAUCGGAGGAGGCCUUAGGAAAAAUCGCGAAGGUCGACACGUCGAAUGACAAAUCCGAACUCGACGACGACAAGCUGACCGAUUCGGAGAUACUGAUUGACCUCGACGAUUAUCCCGACGACAUAGAAGGUCUGGAAGCUAAGGAUAAGAAUCCAAAGACUGAGACGAAAAAGGCGAUUCUUCCUUCCAACAAGGACGAAGUUUCGCAGAGCGCCGAAACGUGGGCAACGCGUUAUUAUCAGACUGACGACGUUCAGAGCGUGAUAAAGGAGUCCAAGAUGCAAUCGGAGAUAAGAAAACGUCUGAGGGAAAGGCAGCGGCUCGCAAGGCUCAACAAUUCCCCGGGUACCAACCUCGUUCAGAACGCGUCGUCGCUUGCAACGCCUGCCUCAACGUCCCCGGCUGCCAAUUCGGCAUCCGAAAAAUCCGCCAAAGAAAAAGCCGAAGAAAACCCUACCACGGGGUCCGUGGGGGAAUACCUGGCGCUCAAAAAUGCCGGAACGACCGCCAAAGAACCGGCCGAAAAUACGGUUGCGACCGAUAAGCGGAUCGAUUCGGAAAAACCCUCAACUGCUUCGGAGGCGACCGAAUCGACCGGGGAUGACCACCGGACGUCGGACGCCGCAAAACCAGUAGCAUAAUAUCGUUUUUUUGUACGAAAAAAAGUUUCUCCUGUACGUAGCGAUCGCGAAUAAAUUUUUCAUCGGUC